GAAGAAGUUGAUUGAAAUUCCAGACCUCUCACUGGCUACAAAUCUUGAAUACCUAGAACUUGGGGGAUGUUCUCUUAUCAAGAAAUUUCCAGAGGUACCAUUGGAAAUCAAAUAUUUAUAUUUAUAUGAGACUGCCAUCGAAGAAGUUCCAUCAACAAUCUGCAGUCUCAAAUCCCUAGUUGCGUUGGACCUUGGUGGGUGCACGAGGCUUAAGAAUAUCCCCACCAGCAUUUAUAAACUGAAACCUCUCCAGCAUCUUGGUCUGUGUUCUCUGUCAAAUAAAAGGGAGUCUCAACGAGAAGCUCAUAUACAUCUGAGGGAGUUAGCUGGCCAACUUGUUUGGUUAUCUAAUGUGAAAAACCUAAAUCUCUCUGGAAACAAUUUUCGGGAAAUACCUGUUGCCAUCAAGCAGCUUACUAAUCUCACAAAUCUUUACCUGUGCGACUGCAAGAGGCUUCAAUCACUGCCUCAACUUCCAAUGAAUGUCCGUUAUGUAGAUGCAGUGAAUUGCAUAUCACUAGAAAUGGUGGCAAGUCCUUUAUCCACAGGCACAGCAGCCAUAGGAAAAUUUGACUCUUACCGAAAUUGUGUUUUGUUUCAUUUUUCAAAUUGCUGGAAAUUGGACCAAAAUGCAAGAAACAUCAUACUGGCAGAUGUAGAAUCGAGGUUGUUGCACUGGGAAGCCGCCUAUUUGGAAACUUUAUUAUCCUUGGAUCCUAUAGCAGCCGGUAUCAUUUUUUGGGGAGGUGAUGUUCCAGAUUGGUUCAACUAUAAAAGUAGGGGAUCCUCACUAACUGCAAAGCUUCCUCCACAUUGGUGUAAUGACGAGUUAUUCCGCCUGGUUUUUUGUGUUGUUAUUGAGUUCAAGCAGUUCCCCAGACACUCUAAGUUCGAAGCUUUUUUCUAUGAUUGCCACAUAAGAGACAACGGAGGUGACAGCUUCAGUACCAAUAAUGGUUUGAGGUUUUCUUGGGGAUUGGAAAAUGCUACUCAGUCAAAUAAUGUUAAUUUAGUUUAUGAUAAAUCAUUGGUAAAUAAUUGGAGGAUACCUGGAAAAGCAUACGAUGCGGAUGAGAUCUCAAUUGAAUUCUGGGUUGGAGAAGAUUUUAGAAACUGUUGUACAGUCAAAAAGUGUGGCGUCCAUUUACUGUACACUCAUGAGAUAGAAGAUAGAUAUCGUCGUUCAGUGGUUCAACCUAAGUCUCCUUUUGGUGAUCUGACCCAGUUCCCUUUGAAGCAAGAUUAUGUGGACGAUGAUAUUGAAGAAGCAGCCAUAGAAGAUGUUAAAGAUAAUGAAGGCUGUAAUUUGGGCAACCCCGUGGAAGAUUUAGCUCCUGUGAGGCGUAGGAAAAUAAAACGGAAGCUGAAGCGGAAGACAUUAAGAAAUUUUAUUAAAUUUCGUUGGUUUCGAGGGGAAAUCAACUCAAAAAGAGUAAGAAGAGCUUGAUCUAAUUUUCCUCAUGUAUCAUUACUCAUCAGUUCAAGAGUAAGUCACCCUCUCUGGCCGCUUUCUAUUGUUUUUAAUGGUUUUUAUGUGCGGGUUAUUGCAUUAUUGCUUUCCUGUAUUUGUUGAUCGUAUAUAAUAAUGUCGAUACUAUUUCUUUC